AUGCAAGAAACUAAGAGAUCCGUGCUGCAGGCCUCGGCAAGAGUCUUCGACCCGCUAGGCUUUCUUUCACCGUAUACCAUUCGCGUCAAGCUCCUGUUUCAGAAGCUGUGGAAGACAAGGUUGGAUUGGGACGACCCACUCCCGAACGACCUGGCAAAACCUUGGCGCUUAUGGUGUUCCGAGCUGCCCCAGCUGUGUAACGUCGCUGUGGACCGGUGCGUGCUGCCGAAGACAGGUACACGAUACUGCUGCGAGCUUCACAUAUUCACGGACGCAUCGCCACACGCGUAUGGAGCAUGCGCAUAUUUGAGAACUGUGAGCGACGCGGAAGAAACUAAGUCGUCGUUGCAAGUGGCCAAGUGUGACACCAAAUUCUGGACUGACUCCACGGUCACGCUGAACUGGAUCAGAGGCGAAGCGAACAGAUGGAAGCCCUUCGUUCGCAACAGAGUUAUUGAAAUUCAAGAAGGCUGCAACAAGUCUCAGUGGAGGCACUGUCCAGGGAGCGCCAAUCCGGCAGACUUUCUAACGAGAGGAUUGCCCGUCACAGCAUUAAUGGGGGACAAACAGUGGUUCGAGGGUCCGCCAUGGCUUUCUAAAAGUCAGGAAUUUUGGCCAAUAUCUACUGAAAAUGGCUGUGGUCACCUCAGUCACAUCGAAGAAGAAAGGAAACGUGGAGCUAUAAUGACGACGUACGUCGAAACAGCUGUUCCUGCACUGCUUGACCUCGGAAAGUACAGCGAUUAUCAACGCAUAUUACGGAUCACAGCGUGGAUACUGAGAUUCGUAGAGAACGGCCGUGCGACGUCGAAGGUUACGGGCCCGCUGACAGCUAUGGAAGUUGAGAAGGCUGAGAUGUUCUGGAUUCGGCGGGCGCAAAAUGAAUCAUAUCCGGAAGAGUUACUAGCUCUGCGACAGAGAAGAGAGAUCGCACAGGGAUCAAAGAUUGCACGAUUACGACCGUAG